AUGGAGAAGCCCGGGAGAAUGUUGGACGAGAGCAUCUAUGGCGUUUUUGCUGAAGCAGGUCGGGAUGAUCGACGAAAGAAGAUUUCGUUGACUAGCAAGACGAGCAAGCCCGUCAGCUUUGUCAAAGGGCAGACUUUGCAGCCGACAUCGGUUUCAGCUAAGCCGGCUGAGGACGCCAGGGUCAAAGCAGCGUCGGACGACGAAGUUGAUAGCAGGUUUGUUCUUGAUGCCAACGCCCCCAAUGCGCAGGGCAUCAAGCAAGCUGUCGAAGGACCCAAGCUUCCAGCUCGCAACAAGUUGUCGUUCAAUCAGAUGGCAAACAAUUAUGGCAAGGGCUUCUCCAUGCUGCAAAAGAUGGGCUUCACUGGCGGCGGGCUGGGCAGGCACAAUGAUGGCAUUGCAAAUCCGAUCGAAGUCCAGAAACGCCAGGGAAAGAUGGGUCUGCAGGAUGACGGGGAGAUGGUGGAUCAAGACCUCUAUGGCAACGAAGGUGAAGCAGGCCGUCGGUCCUUGGAGGAGCUCCUUGGAACCCAACCGAAACCAAAGCGCGAGCGGGAGUCGGUCAGCGACGGAUGGAAACGGGACUGUAAGCCAAAGAAGCCCAAAACAGUUUACAAGACGGCCGAUGAGGUGAUCAACGAACCUGCUAUGCGCAUUGUAGACAUGCGCGGCCCGGAAGUCAAAGUGGCUUCUUCCUUUGCAGAGCUCGCAGCAAGUCUUUCCGGAGAUUCUGUGAAGAGCUUGAAAGAGCUGAGACACAAUGCUCGCUUGUUGGUUUCUAGAUACGAGGACAAGGUCAGGGCAGGAAUGGAGCGAAAGCGCCACUGUGAAAGCGUUCUGUUAUCUGUGGCGAAGGAGAAAGAUAGGGUUCAGGCUGCUGAAAAGAUCAGUGAGACGGAGCUCGCGGGUUGCAAGAAACUUGUUACGGAGAUUGAGUCCUUGAGAGAGCGGCAAGAUCAAGGGACCCUGAGCUUGCGUGAGCUUGCAGAUGCAUUCAAUCACUUGCGAAGUGAGAAGCCGAAAGAGUUUCGCGUUCUCGAAGCAGCGGACGUUGCCUUUGCGCUCGCGCUUCCGACGGCACGUCGUGAGUUUGCCACCUGGCAGCCCUUGAAACAACCGGUCUCAGAUCGAAUGGAACGGUUGAAAGCGAUUGCCAAAUGGCAAGAUAUGACAAGUGAGAAGACCCAAGAGCGCUUCACAGCAUUAAUCGAAGCGUCCCUUCUUCCGUGUCUGCGAAAGGCAUUGGUAGCAUGGUCGCCAAGAGAACCAGAGCGCUGCAUCCGAUUGAUGGAGAGCUGCCGUGCAGUGCUGCAGUCAGAUUGUGCAGAUUCCCUGAUUGCAGAAGUCGUGCUGCCCAGGCUUCGCUCUGAAAUUGAAGGUUGGGACCCGAGGCUGGACACGGUAUCACCACAUCUUUGGCUGCAUCCAUGGCUACCACUUCUGGGUAGUCAAAUGGAUAUUCUCUGGGCACCGAUCCGGUUUAAGAUAUCCUCUUGUCUAGAGCGCUGGGAUUGCUCGGACUCCUCAGCGCACGGUUUCCUGCAGCCAUGGCGGCGUGUCUUUGAUCCAUGCAACUGGGAUCCGCUUAUUGAAAAGGUCUUGUCCAAGAUUGAAAAGGCGAUUGCGCAGACUCCUGUGCAGCCCGACGGCCAGAACCUACAGGCGUUGCGGAUCCUGUUUUCAUGGAUGGAUCUUGCUCCUCUGGAUAACGUUUCCCGAGUUCUGGAGUCUGCGUUUUUUCCGCAGUGGCAUGCUGCUCUCCGGCGCUGGCUUCGUGAUGCUCAGUGCGAAUUCUCGGAGGUGUUACAGUGGUACCAAGGGUGGAAGGCACUGUUCCCUAAAGAACUACUCGAGCAAGCCCGCGUCCAGAAGCACUUUGCGGGUGGACUGGAGGUGAUGAAGCACAUGAUGACACAUGGAACCUCGGACUUGCCCGAGUCUGAAGAGCAAAGCGCAAAGAAGCAUCAGCCGUCUGCGCGCCCGGGCCUACCUGCUGAAGAAAUUAGCCUCAGCUUGAGCGACUACAUGUCCCAAGUUGCAGCCGAAGAAGGGCUGAUCUUCCUUCCAAAGAAGCAGCAGCGCAACGGAAAGCAAGUUUAUCAACUUGGCACAGCCACCAUUCAGCUGGACAAGAACUUGGUCUACGUUGCGCCGACAGCUGGUGAAGGGGAGUGGAAGGCCGCUUCCAUGGAUGAAGUUCUCGCGCUUGCGCGGGCGACAUCUCGCAGAAAGAAAUAA